AUCAAUUGAACAACGAUAUCUUGAUAUAUCAUUGUUAAGAACAACCAUAACUUAAGGAAAAGAAAUACAAUCAUGUCUCAAUAUAUUGGGAAAACCAUUUCUUUAAUUUCCAACAAGGGUCUUCGUUAUGUUGGUAUUUUAGAUAAUAUCAAUGCUGAUGAUUCAACUGUUGCUUUAAAAUCAGUUCGUUUAUUCGGUACUGAAGGUAGAAUGGCUCAAGGUGGUAAUCCUCAAGGUGAAGUUCCACCUGGUUCAGAUGUUUAUGAACAUGUGGUAUUCAGAGGUUCCGAUGUCAAAGAUUUAUCGGUAUUGGAUACUCCUAUUGAUCAAGUUAAGCCUGAUGUUUAUGUUCCACCAACUACUGGUUAUUAUCAACCUCAGCCUCAAACUCGUACAGCUGCACCACCUCAACAACAACAAUAUGUUCCAGCUCCUACCACAACUACUGCUGCUGCUCCAGCAUCUGUUUCAAGUCAACCACCAGCUGCUGCUCCAUAUAAUGCACCACAAGCCGCUGCACCAACGUCAACUUCAAUUCCAGAAUCAACUCAAGCACAACCUACAAAGACUCAAGUUGAAGAACCUUCGAAAACUCAAACUCAAGAAGAAUCACAACCACAAGAACAACCAAUUCCAUCCAAGACCACCACUACCGAUGAUGAAGUUGCUCAACCACAAACACAAUCACGUCCUCAUCAACCAAGACAAAGAAGAAACUCUAAAGCUCCAGAAAUCCCUACUGAAGAGUUUGAUUUCGAAUCAUCCAAUGCUAAAUUCAGUAAAGAAUUAGAAAGUGAACGUGAAUUAGAACAUACCGCUUAUAACAAGAGUAGUUCAUUCUUUGAUAAUAUAUCUUCAUCCAAUGAGCAAAGAACUUCAUUAAGAUGGGCAGAAGAAAAAUCGCUUAAUUUAGAUACAUUCGGAGAAACUUCCUUACAUAAUGGUAGAGGUAGAGGAAGAGGUAGAGGUAGAGGUGGUAGAGGUGGACGUGGAUUUUAUAGAGGAAAUAAUGAUGGUGGAAAUCGUGGUGGAAGAGGUGGCCGUGGAGGUAGAGGAGGUCAAAGAAAUAAUGAUUAUAAUUCUAAACCUGAAUGGGCAUAAAACUUAGAUUUUGAAAAUUGUAUUUUUUCGUUUUAUUAUUAUAUAAUUAGUUUACCAUGUCAAACUUGUAACAUAUCUAGAUGAGUUUUAUUUUAUUCAUAUUAAAAAAAAGUAUACGCAGUGGCUUAUGAAUACGAUUAUAUCUAAAAUCUGUAGCAAAGACCAAUAACUUAUUCUACUCUACA